GCUUGUAGUAUCUAAGUAAACAGGCUGCGAGGAGUAUUUGUUUUUCCAAUCAGUGCUGGUUUGGAAUACCUAAAGUGUUAACUUGUUUGUGGACCCGGUCGUGAUGUAAACAAUGAUACAGAACCCCCAGAUGACGGAGCUAAGUUAAUCGAUCGAAACUUUAUUUUUUUUAGUAGUGCAUUUACUAAAAACCGGCCAAGACCUGACAAUAGUGGUGCAAAACGGAACCGUAAAAGACGUUUUUUGUUUUUGUGCAAUAUAAAAAAAAUAGUUUUUAAGUGCAAUGCAAUUAGUGUCAACACAUGCGGCGAUGAUUUCUCAAAAAUUAUAUUCAGAAGGUUCGAUGACGACAACGAACGCAAUGCCAUCGAUGACCCCAACAUAUUCAAUGGAUGCAAUGUCCUCCAGGAUGACUUCAAUGAAUACAUGUUCACCGCAAACUUUAACUUGCGGCACCACAAACAUCAUGAACUCAGGUAUGCCGACGAUGACCUCUAUGAAUGGAACCAAUUGCAUGUCUUCAUCAGUACCUAUGCAAUACGGCGCUAUCUCGCCAAUUGCAAAUAUGAACUGUAUGGGACCUACGAUGGGUUCGGUGAAUGGAUAUGGUGCCGUCGGAAGUUUAAGUGGACGUGGCGAUUUAAGCGGUGGCGAUGCUUCCCCAAACGCUCUCCAAAGAGCUAGAGCAGACAAAACAUACAGAAGAAGUUACACCCACGCAAAACCACCUUAUUCAUACAUUUCCUUGAUCACAAUGGCUAUCCAAAAUAGCCCACAAAAAAUGUUAACUCUCUCCGAAAUUUACCAAUUCAUUAUGGAUUUAUUUCCUUUUUAUCGACAAAACCAACAAAGAUGGCAAAACUCAAUUAGACAUUCAUUAUCAUUCAACGAUUGUUUUGUAAAAGUGCCGAGAACGCCCGAUAAACCCGGUAAAGGUUCAUUUUGGAGUCUUCAUCCGGAUUCGGGAAAUAUGUUCGAAAAUGGUUGUUAUCUCCGACGACAAAAGCGAUUUAAAGAUGAGAAAAAAGAAAUGCAAAGAUCGAAUCAUAAAAGUCCGGCACAUCACGGCGGUGAUACGAAUUCAUCGGGAAAGAAAACACCGAUUCAUCACACCGACGAUGUUGGCCAUAAAAAUCAUCAUCUCGAUAAAACGACGCCCGAUUCGAAUUUAAUGUUAAGUCUUCAUCCUGCGGCGAAAUUAGACGUUGAUCAAAUGAAUUUAUUACAACACCACAAUGAUCUAAACGCACUUCAUUCCCAACAUCAUCAACAAAAUAUGUCUCAUGAAGAAUUAUCGGGAAUGUUAAAUCGAUGUCAUCCGUUAUCAUUAAAUGGUAGCGCAUCCGUCGCUGAUCAUCAAAUGUUACAUCAUCACACGUCUUCAAUGGGUCAUCAUUUGAAACAAGAACCAACCGUUGGUGGUUAUACACCAUCAAAUCAUCCAUUCUCAAUAACAAGGCUGUUACCAACCGAAAGUAAAACGGAUAUUAAAAUGUAUGAUAUGCAUUACGGUUAUAAUUCGUUAAGUCCGCUUCAGAACUCGGUUCAUGCGCAAUCAGCCAUAGGGAAUGAUUAUUACAACAGUACCUUAUAUCAUACGCCGUCGGGAACGUCAUUGUGACAGUAUCCGUUGGCUUAAAACUGGGCGAGGAAAAUUUAUUAAAGUUUACCUAUUUCAAAAUAACCAGAUGUGAGCCAUGGAUACAAAAUAAAUCGAAAGAAAAGAGAAACGAAAACUUAAAAACACUCCGUUUAUAGGUUGUAUGUGCAUUAUCAAUUAAUAUUUUUAUUUUUUCUUUGUAUAUAACUUUUUCGAUAGCUUUUAAAGUAGGCUGUGAUUUAUUUGUAAAAAAAAAAUGUAAAAAAAGUUUUCGCAGCCUACUUUUUUUUAAUAUUAUUUUGAAUAU